AUGGGGCGCGGGGGGCGCGCGCGGCUGGUGGCGGCGCUGGCCGCGGCGGCGCUGGUGCUGUGGGCGUGGCGCGGCGCGGGGCGGGGCGCCGGCCCGGCGCGGCCCGGCGGCGCGCCCGUGGAGGGCCGCGAGCUGCCGCUCAUCUUCAUCGGCGGCGUGCCGCGCUCGGGCACCACGCUCAUGCGGGCCAUGCUCGACGCGCACCGCGACGUGCGCUGCGGCCAGGAGACGCGCGUGGUGCCGCGCAUCCUGCAGAUGCGCCAGCACUGGAUGCGCUCGCAGAAGGAGAGCGUGCGGCUCGAGCAGGCGGGCGUGUCCAAGGCGGUGCUGGACAACGCCAUCGCCGCCUUCUGCCUCGAGGUGAUCGUGCGCCACGGCGAGCCGGCGCCGCGCCUGUGCAACAAAGAUCCGCUAGUCCUCAAGAUGGGCACCUACGUGCUCGAACUUUUCCCUAAUGCUAAGUUUCUGUUCAUGGUCCGGGAUGGCCGAGCCACGGUCCAUUCUAUUAUUACGCGAAAGGUGACAAUCACGGGGUUCGACUUGACGAGCUACCGACAAUGUCUCACGAAGUGGAAUCACGCCGUGGAGCUGAUGUACCAGCAGUGCAAGUCGCUGGGCCCCUCGCGUUGUCUGCUGGUGCGCUACGAGUCGCUGGUGCUGGCGCCGGAGACCACCAUGCGCCGCGUACUCGAUUUCCUGGACCUGCCGUGGGACGAAGCCGUCCUGCACCACGAGCGAUACAUCAACCAACCCAAUGGAGUCGCAUUGUCAAACGUGGAGCGCUCGUCGGACCAGGUGGUGCGGCCGGUGAACCUGGACGCGCUGGACAAGUGGGUGGGGCAGGUGCCGGCCGACGUGCGCGCCGACAUGGCGGAGCUGGCGCCCAUGCUGUCGGUGCUGGGCUACGACCCGUGGGCCAACCCGCCGCGCUACGCCGCCGCGCCCGACCUCGCGCCCCGCCAGCCGCCCGACAAGUCGCUCGACAAGUCGCUCGACAAGUCGCCCGACAAGUCGCCCGACCCGCAUCCCGACCGGUCGCCCGAGUCGAUUGUCGCGGAAUUGAACGACGCACCGCCUCUCUGAGUGCCUCGUCCGCCCUAAUAGAAAAAUAUUUUUCUCUGGAUACACUCUUUUAUUGUUUGUUAAGUGUGAGUGAAAUGAGAUACCGUUUUUAGGUAUUGAUGGUGGAUCGGUUGUACUGCAUCUAUCUAUUAAUUUGAUGACAUGAUUUCAACAAAAAUAAACAUAAAACAAAUAUGUUUUAAAAUGA